ACUAUUAUUACACUCAAGAUUAUGUUAUUCUUUAGUUUUAUUGUAAAUUUUAAGGCAGAGUAUGUUGGUUAGCAUCUGCCAAAUUUGCGGUACAUUACGAUGGUGCUGCCUGAGAGGCCUCACUUAGGGUAGGAAGUGGAGGACAGAGUGCGCGGGUUAUUUACAAAUUGUAAAGAGCGCUAUUGUUUUGCUAACGCUAACGUUGGUUAUCGAGUGAGUGAAAUAGCUGUUUCACCGGCUUUCACAUAAUUGUGUACUUAUUCCUAAUGUGCUAUUUACUGAGCGGGUUUAGAUCGAUGCAUAUUAGGGGGCAAUUAAAAAAGACGAGUUAUUGAAAUCGAAAUGAUAGCUAGCUAGCUGUUGGCUUGGGUCUCGCUGUCGGAACGUUACCGUUAAAAAGAAGACAUAGCUGGCUAUCAUAAAUGGAAACAAAGUACCCCACCUUGAGGAGACCAAAGAGGAAGCUUUGCUACCUUACAAACAAAGAACGUGUGUCUAAACAAUGGGCAGGAACGCUUACACUGGGAGAUGUUGAUAGGAUGUUUGAUGACUUGGAUGCAUCCUCACAUGAUGAUGACUUGUUUCCCCCAUCUCCUCUGCUCCAGAUCUCUGAUACUGAGACAAACCAGAGUGAAAGAGAGGCUUCACUUGUCCCAGAGGAGGUAUACCUAAUCAAAAAACUUUCAGCAUGCAAAAUGGGUCCUGAAGGAGAUCGCCUGCUUCCUGCAACAAGGUCACCCAGUCCUCUACUGGACAUUGAUUCGGAUAUUCCAUUCAAAGUGCACGGGCCAGUAAAGACAUCCAGCCCAGUUGACAAAAAUGGGGUUGUAGAACGCAUACAAGAGGAGGACAAUGAAAAAAAACAAAUUGUGUCCCCAAUCCUCUUUGAUUAUGAGGAUGAAGGAAAAGAAGAGGCAAAUACAGAGUCUCCAACCAUCCAGAAACCCCGGUGCAAUGCGUAUGUCACAGAGGAAAGUGAUGACUCUGAGUUGGAGUCUCUUCCAAGCAAAGUUACUUUUAGCAAACCCAUGAUGUCCAGUCACAAAAAAAAGGUGGAGGAGUCAUGCAAAGAAAGUCACCUAGUCAAAGAAAAAACACACCAAAGACCUCAAACACCUGUUUUGGAGCGCAAAAGGAAAACACCAAGGCAAGAAAACACAGACCAACUUAUUUCAGCUGUGAGACAGGAGCCUGAUCUUGCUGCUCCUGAGAAACACUCACGAAGUGUUCACAGCCAGUCACUGGCAGAGAUGUCCACCCGUGUGGUAAAAGACAUUACAGCUUUUCAACAGAAGCUUAGAGAUGCCGGACAGCCCAAACCUGCAUGUUCCAGGGAUUCGCUGUCACCAGUAGAAGUUCAAACUACUCCUCCUGUACUAGAGGAUGAUUUCCUGAUUUUGGAGGAUGAUGCACCUAUUUGGUUUUCUAUCCCAAGUAAAACUGCCACCAGUAAGAGACAAAAGCAGAGCAGAAGCACAGACAAAGAUAGCUCAACAGACAAGGGGACAAAGGACGGCCCAUUAGUGACUGCACAAAAAGAGGAUGAAUUGGAAAAGGCAACCACCAAACUGGGAAUUCUGCCUGUUAAUCAGAAAAUUAAGAAGAAGAAAGGGAGAGAGACAAAGCAUGAAGUUACUUGGCCUAGAAAUGAUGAGUAUGAAUUGUCCAGCCCUAAGGAUCUUCCUGCAGGUGACUUGGUGGAACAAGAUAAACCAAAUAAAAAGAAACAACAAAGACUCAAAAAGAUUCCAUUGAAAGAGGCAAAGGAAAAAGCUGGAGACACAGCUGGCGGGGAAAAAGAUGAAGAAAAGCGCUCUCAGAAAAUGGAAAAGAAAGCACAGAAGUCCUCUGAGAUGAAGAGCUCAAAGUCUUCAGAAAAGGCCAAGACAAGCAGGGCUAAGUCGUUAAGGGGGACCAGAAAAGUGAUACAGGGAUCUGAAGACAAAAAGGAGACGGUGUAUGAGGAGGCUGUGAAGGAACAAAGUAAGGAGCAGAACAAUAAGAAGCAUGCAGAUGUUGAAGACUUGGGUUCUCUUUCAGACAAAGAAAUCAUGAAUUUUGAUGUACAAGCAGAAAAGGAUUUAUCAGAUGAAAAGGCUAAACAGAACAAACUGCCUGUUGAGUUUGAAAGGAGUUCACCUGAAGAAAGUCAGAUUCUUGGGAAACAGAGAAGAAAACAGACUGGACAGUGGUGGUUGAGCAGUCCUCAGAUCACAGAGGUAAUAAAGGUGACAGACAACCAGCCUAUGCUCAAGAAGUUUAAACAGCACAACAAAGAGCCCAGCGCAGCAGAACCUUCACCUGUAAAGGCUAAGAAGGACAGAGUUUUAAAGAAGAGAAAUCAGAAACAGCCUGUGCCGUCGUCCAGUCAGAGCACAAUUAAAGCUAAAGAAAAGAAAACCAGAUGGAACAAAAACAGACCUGCAACAGGAGACACAGCGGACAAGAUGAAAGCAACGGAUGAAGUAUUUAAUACAACUGAGGCAGAGCAGAUUGAGCAGCAGCAGGAGGUCCUGGAUCAGGACCACGAUCCUGUGCACUCGAGCCCUUUGGUCUUUAAACAUAAAGAUCUCAGUCUUAAUUCAGGGGAUCAGGUAUUUCAGAGAGUCUACCAUCAUGUUUCUAAUGAAAAAAUCUCCUGCACACCAGCGCCUGGGUCUCCCAGAAGACCUUGGGAGCAGCUCAGCGCAGCAGAACCAGAGAAACGGAGGAGGAAACCUCCUGGUAACUGGUGGAUGGUUAAGGGCAUGUGUGGAGACGAGGAGAGCAUCUCCUCACAACGUCAGCAGCCUAAUCCUAAGGAGACCAAAUCUUGUAAGGAAAUAAAAAAGCAAUCUAAACAGAGCAGAUCUCCUAGACUUGGAACUCCCAAAAAUGGCAACAUGGCAGUCUCAUCAAAACCACUGGGGGGAGCUCAUGUGCCCUCACUGAAACUAAAACCACUGUCUGCUCCAAAGACUGUCAAACGCUCUUUGGCCACUUUUAAAGACAUUUUCACAUCAGCCACAGAGAGCCUGACUGUGAUCAGCAGCAGAGAUAUAGGUCAUAACAACAGGAAUAAUGUCACUGCAGGUCCUGCUGAACAGGUCACUCUUACUGACUGUGUAACGCUCAGUAAGACUAAUAAAAAUAUACUCAGCACGGAUGCUGGUGAAGUCAGGAGCACACAGAACAGCCCCCCCCACCAUGACACCCCACAGGACUGCAAGGGUCAGCCAGAGUACAUGUUAAAUGACAUCAGAAGUGGACCAUCCUCUUUAAUUGAGCUGGAACAGUAUGAGGAGUACGAAGACUUGAUUCUGCCAUCAUCCAGAGCCCACGCUGUGCUCUCUGUGUCAGAUAUGUGUGCGCCUCCUCUCAAACCGCUGAUCUUACAGCCAAAGGAUAAGGCCAACCUGACAGAAUGGUUUAAGAGUCUCUGGUCUACCACUGUUGACAAUGGUGCUGAGAUCACUCCAGACCAUUUUGACUGGUACUUCUAUCAAGGCAGAGCUAUUGGCUUCCUGGUGGACCUGAACUGUGGUUCCAUCUGUAAUGGAAAGAUCCUGCUUGGCUCCUACAUGAAGAAGCCUCUCUGGGUGGAUCACAGCGCCACAACAGUUUUUAACUUAUUAACAAGCUCUGUGAGUCUAACCAUCAAUGGCAGAGAGUCCCGCUUCAACCCAGGACAAUCCUUUAUGGUGAAAUGUGGAAACGCCUACAGCAUCCAGAACGUCACUGCUCAGCCUGCAGUUCUGUACUUCACCAGGAUAUUAGCAGAAAGUUAGGACUGAAGUUGCUACCUGGAUCGUGGCUAGAUAACCAGUCACACACAAUCAAGAAAUGACCAAAUGCCUAAGGGUUUUAAAAAGCAGACUGGAGAUCUGGGAAAUUCUUUUAUAUUUAUAUCGACUUACUUUCUGUAUAAGGUGUAAAUAGAAAAAAAAUGUUUUUAAUGAUUUUAUUUGAUCCCAAGCAAUGCUUCAAAUGAUUGAUAAAACAGUUUUAAAAUGAUUAAAUGAUUUGUAAAUAAAGUCUUACACUUUU